GAGCCACAGACAGCCCUCUAUGUCGAGGGGGCCUCUAUGUCGAGGCAGCUGCUCACGUAAUCUUGGAAUGUGAGGCUGUGGCCCAUCAACGUUUAGAAAUCCUCGGAACGGUGAGGUCACUCUGUGAGGCCUGUGAAGAACCCAGGAAGCUUUUGUGCUUCUGGACGGAGCUAGGUUGGCUGCACUAGCCACGACUCAUACGUACAAUGGCCCAAAUGAGAGGCUAAGCGCGGAAAAUGGAGUCCUUUUCACAUUCACACAUUCACAUUCCUGAUGAAUUUAUCAUGAUGGGCUAACUGGCCUAUUUUUAUUCUCAUCUACCACCUUUCACUGGUGCUCCGCCAGUGAAUCCCGUUAGCGCAAGCGGAAGCUACUAUACCAUUUUCACCCAUCAAACGGUUUACGCCAGCAGCACAAGAGUGAGGAUCGAAAGAUAAAGAUGAAAACGCAGUGAUUUUUAAUUUAUAAAAUCUAAUUAUCUACACUUGGACUGAAGAUUACAGUUAUAAUACUAAUUUAUUUAUAAGCACUAUUACAAAUUCCAAUAUGUCUAUUGGAUCAGUUUUUGAAAUGGCUUACAAAGGGGAUUUAAAUCAGGUUAAAGUUAAAAUCGAUCAAGACAGUGGAAUAGUUUCUCAGCGGGACUCGAAUGGUCGUCAACUUCUUCAUUGGGCAGCCCUUAGUGGAAAUAUACAUCUUGUAGAAUAUUUAAUUGACUGUGGAAGUAUUGUAAAUUCGGUGGACGAUACAGGAUCUACACCACUUAUAUUAGCUGCAUCUGCUGGGAAAAGUGAAGUUGUUUUAUUAUUGAUUGGUAAAGGAGCAGAUAUUAAUCAUAAAACAAAUCGUGGCCAGUCAUCAUUGCAUUAUGCAUGCUCCAAAGGACAUUAUUCGGUAGCAAAAAUAUUAAUUGAGAAUGACGCAAAUGUAAAUAAUACUGAUGUGCUAAAUGCAACUCCGUUACACAGAGCUGCUGCUCAAGGCAGGAAUAACAUUGUCGAAUUACUUUUGUUGUCCCCCAAAAUAAAGGUGGAUCUCUGUGAUUCCACUGGCUCGACACCUUUACAUCUAGCUUGUGAAGAGGAUAGAGAAGCUGUCGCUUGUAUGUUAGUAAAAGCAGGGGCAGAUAUACAUAUUAAAAAUAAAGAAGAAAAAUCACCACUUAAUAUGUGCUCGUCCAAACUAAAUAAAUGUUUAACUGGAUUAAUGGAAGAAUAUUCGUAAAAUAUUACUAUCAAAUAAAACUUUAUUCAACACAUUA